CCAGCACCGAUUUGCUACGACUUCUCUGAUUGGCUGAUAUCUAUCCUCCGUACCAGACAAGAUGGCUGCCAAAUUUUGCGGUCUUUUCUAGAGUGGGGAGGGCGACCACGCUUCAACCAGUCCGACCCGGAUCCACUGUCGACAGAAUUCUCCACAGACGAUCCCUGUGUUUGUGCAUCUGUGCGUGAUCCGUAAAUAAUGGCACGAUCCCGAUCUCCUGCCAGAAAGGGCAGAAAGCGGAAAGGGAGCCGAUCCAGGUCACGAUCUUAUUCGUCGCGGUCCCGGUCAAGAUCGCGAAGCCGAGGUCGGCGCCAUUCUCCCUACCGGAGACGAUCCUCCCCGAUUCGUCCGUUCCGUGGGCGCGGCCGGGGGCGUGGCAGGGGAUGGAGGGGGCGGGGCAGAAUAGGACCACUCCCACCUGCCAGGGGGUACUCCCGGAGGUCACGCUCAAGGUCGUAUUCCCGAUCUAGAUCCAGAUCUCGGAGACGAUCCCGCUCACCGCGUCGAUCCAGGUCUCCCAGGAGAUCCCGAUCCCCGAAGAGAUCGCGCUCGCACUCGCCAAGAACCAAGCCCCGCCACAGAUCAAGAUCUCGCUCCCCGCGGCACACAAGACGAGCGUCGCACAGAUCCAGAUCACGACACAGAUCACGAUCGAGAGGCCGCGACGCCCGAGCUAGCCCCCCGCCGAGAAUCACCUCCCACCCAGAAGAAUGGGAGCAGACGUACCCACCAGAGGAGGUGGAGAAGAAGCCGCUGCCCCCCUCCCCACCCAGGAGUCAGUGGGAGCGUGGGGAGGGGUACCGCAGCGAUGGCGAGGAUGUUCGGCCUGAACCUGAGGGAAGGUGGAAGUCUCCUGUCCGACAGAGGGGGAGCUUCUCGGCAGAACGAGGGGGGUACCCGCCGAGGAACCUGUCUCCCAGACCUGCCAGUUUGGGCGGAAAGCGCACGGGGAGCUACGAGGAUAUCUAUGAUGUCAAGAAGCCGCGAGGACAAGCCAUAACUCCGGAGAGGUUCCGCGAUGCCGAUUUCGACAGAGAGCCUCGCAGACGCUCCUGGGAUCGGUCGCCACGUUUCGACGAAGGUCGGCCCGAGCCACCCCGGGGAAACAGAGGGCGGUCGUGGGAGAGAAACGAAGGGCCGUAUCAAGACGACAGACUGCCUCACGAAGUCGCUGAGCGCAACAUCCCCUUCAUAGAAGAUGACUACCCCGACAGGGAGCCAAUACACCAAGGGGAGAGAAACUCGCCGUACGAAGAAGGUGGCGACUACAGAAGGCAGGAGCUGAAGCCGACAGAAAGACAAGCGUGGCCUCUACGAGAGGAAAAGGGGAGAGAGCGCUUCUCUAGAUCCCCCUACAGAGACUAUCCUGAACAUGGCGCGGAGAGAAGAGAAUAUCCGCUGGCCAAGCCUGCAGCUGUGAGAGAGAGGGAGGCAGCAUUCAGGCAAGGCUCACCUCCAAGAGCACAACACGACGAACCCCCACCGCGUGGUAAGGCUUCACGAAGGUCCACCGAGGAAGCCAGCCAAAGAUCGCGAAGUUCAGACACAAGGAAACCUGCGCUUGAAGGGAAGAAGAAGUCAGCUGGCAAAGGUCAAGGCAAGGAGAGGGAUACAUCCGACGACAGACAUCACAAAGCAAAAGGGCAGAAGAAACGAGACCACUCUCGAGAGGAGACCCAUCAUGGCAAAGCUCAGAAGGCAACAGAGAAGAAGCACGCAGAGAGUAAGAAACAUGGAAAGAAAGCACAAGCUUCAUCCCCAGAUAGGAAGGGAAGACACGACAGCAGAAGUCCUCCAAGAAAAUACAGCAGGAAGGGCAAGGAAAAAUCUCCUGAGGAAGAUAUCGUGCUGUCUGUCAAAGAGGAAAAGAAGAAGAAAGCGCGGAAGGAAGAGCACCUCUCCUACAAGGAUGUGGACUUGGAGAUGGUACAGAUGACGAUCCACCGCACUGUCCAUCAGUCACCGGCCAUCGAUCCGGACACCGUGGUGGUCCCGCGCAAGCCAAACGAGGGCCUGCGUCCGAUAUCCCAGCGCCCCGAGUUCAAGUCCCACGUACCCGUAACAGAGGCUGAAGCCGCGCCGGAAGUGAAGACAGAGAGGAGGAUCAUCCAGAUCUUAGACGACGAUGAGCCAGAGGAAGAGCCAAGACGUGGCGAGGGGAAGAGCAGCGUGUGGCGAAGGCUGGAAUCUCAAGGUGCGGAAGAUCCUCGUAGAGUUCGACGCCGCUCCAGAAGCCAAGAGGACCGGAGCCAUGGUAGAAAAAGGUCCGCAUCACCGCCUCGAAGAAGCCUCAGCGAUCGCUUUACUUCUCACGGCGACAGCCGACGGUCACCAGAUGCGGAACCCCAUGCUGAGAAGCGAGGUGGCUACAGUCACUCCGAGCGAGACGACUACAGAAGGCGGGAGAGGAAGUUCGACCGAAGCGGGUCCAGCGAGCGAGGAGCCCAGCACGACGACGGGAGAAGAGUACGCGAUCCCAACGACCUGAGGCAGACCCUGGUCCGCAGGCGACAGGAGAGCGAGAGCGACUACUACAGCGACCACCACCCGGAAGACGACAGGCGCGACCGCUCGGGAGACCGCAGAACGGAUUUCCGGAGGGACUCCGGGGAAAGGGGUGGGUACAGGGGGAGGGGGGACUGGCGUGGGAGGGGGGACCACAGGGGGAGGGUUCCGGGGCGCGGUGACUUUCGAGGACGUGGCGACUUCCGAGGGAGAGGCGACUUCAGAGGAAGAGGCGAUUUCCGGGGAAGGGGUGAUUUCAGGGGGAGGGGCCGCGGAAGGGGCCUGCCCAACUUCUCCAGCCGGCCAGACAAGUUCCAAGACGAUUGGCAGAAAGACCCAGAGGCCACACCCAAGGGAGCUUACUAUUAUGAGCAUGAUGACAGAGACAACCCUCCUCUCCGUGGAGCGUCCUUUGAUCGGGAACGUGGGCGCGGCCGGGGGCGAGGCUUCGUACCCAGAGGGCCGAGGUUCAGAGGUCGCGGGCGGGGGUUCGGAGGGAGAGGUCGGGGGUCAAGGUUCAGCCCCCAGUGGGAACAUGACAAGUUUGAGGACAUGGACACCAGUAGGUCACGGGGGAGCAAGGACAGAUCUCGAGAGGAAGAAGAUAACAAACCCACCAGCACCACAGGCUAGCUGAACACCAUGAAAUGCACCCUGUACACCCCUACUGAAGAUGUGGUGUCAUCUUGAAAAUGACACUUACUACAGAACUUUGGGAGUGUCUGACUCUUUAGAGAGGGGGUAUCCCUGUGCUCAUAUGGGGUCAUAAACUAGCUGAACACCAGGAAAUGUACCCUGUACACCCCUACUGAAGAUGUGGUAUCAUCUUGAAA